CUGACGAGGCGCUGGCUUUACAUAAAAACGCCUGCGUCCGCAGUGAUGAGCGACCCUUUGGUUCUACUCCUCUGCAUCCCCUCGCCUUCAGCCUUUUUUCUUUCGAGCCUUUCGCACAUUCGUUAAUUUAUUGAGCAUUCGCUUUUAAUCACUCGUUCCAACAAAAACCGCCAACAUGAAGUUCUCCGCUGCUACCCUUGCCGCCAUCCUGGCCGUGGCUAACGCCGCCUCCGACACCGUCAGCUACGUCCUGGACACCACGGCGCUCCGCAUUGCCUCGUCCAACAACGCCUACGCUUCCUCCAAGGAGGCCAUCGCCAACGCCGCGUGGAGCAGCGCCGCCGCCCACAACUCGGCCGCCGCUGAGAGCAUCGCCGCCGCCAACUCUGCUGCCGCCGUUGCUGCCACUGCCACCGGCGCCGAUGCCACCGUCGUCGAGACCACCCUGAGCACCAAGGCCGCUGCCGGUACCAAGUCGGCCACCAAGACUGCUGCCACCACCGAGGCGGCCAAGACCACCGGCGCCUCCAAGUCGGAUAGCACCGCAGCCGCUGAGACGACCGGCACCGAGUCCGGGUCUGCCUCGGAGUCUGCCUCUGGAUCUUCCUCUGGCACUGCCUCUGGCGCCGCCCAGAGCACCUCCAGCGACGGAGCUGGUGCCAUGCCCACUGCGGCCAUCGCCAUGGGCGCCCUCAUGGGUGGUGCCGCCCUCUUCGCCAACCUGUAAACGCCUCCUCCAUCGCGUGUUGCAAGUUGUCGCCGUCGGCAAAUGAGGACACCGCGCGUCCAAUACCCCACCGGACAACGGCGUCCUAGUGCGAAUCAGAGUCAAAUGAGAUCAGGAAUGUGGAGUGUCCGCUCCGACGCGGUGCCUGGCAGCCCCCUGCAAUUGGCGCCGUCGCGUCGGAUGUGGAGAUUCGGGACUUAAUGCGGGACAUGGGAGACAUGGGGCAAGCCAGCUAGUGGCCUUGGGCCCUGGAGGAAUGGUGAAUAUGGGGGCCGUUGACUCUAGCAUCUGUUCUGUCUAGCCUCUGGAGUGGUACUGACGCUUGCGUGAUCCGGCUUUGAUCAGACAUGGUCCUGUCAUCAUUCUGCCAUCAUCUGCCGUGAUCAGCGCGGCUGCCGCUGAGGAACAAGUAUUUUAAACCAUGCUGUGUCAAUCGAUAGCUGCUAGUAAAUGACAAGUACAAUCAACGGCAA